AUGCGCAAGAAGAAGGAUCGCUGGAAAAAAGACAAGGAGGAGCGUCUGGAAGAGGAACGAAAGAAAAUCGACGAGGAGGAGAUGCGACUACAACGGGAGGCGCAAACCAAGCAAAUUGAACGCGCCAAUCGGCUGCUCUACGAACAAACCGAUCGCAUGAAAACACUACGCAGCAAACAACUUCUAACCGAUGUGGUUCACCACCGCACGCUUCAGCUUGAAGAGAAACAAAUGCUUAAGGACCAGGACGACUUGACAAGUUACCAUUAUGACCAGCAGGUGGUUGCCCAGGUAAUCGAGGGUGAAGCAGAGGAACAGCGUAAAACAAAGAAACGCCUCGAGGAAAAUGCUAGACUAGCGGCAAUCCAGAAACAACAGCUCGAAGAGUACAAGCAGCGCUACAUCAACGAGCUCCGCGAGGAAAAACGAGAAGGCGAACGCAUGAAGCAGCAGGCAGAGAAGGAAUAUCUAGACGAAAAGGAAAAAGAAAGGCAACGGAAGUUGCGUUUGAAGCAAGCGAGUGAAGAUACGCAGCUAGCAAACCAGCGCCUACAAUUGCAUCGAGAGAUGCAGAAAGAAAAGGAACGUCGUGAAGAUCUCAAACGCGAGGAAGAAGAGCGCAAAAAGCAGUUGCGCGAUGCUAAGCGGUUGGAUCUACAGCGACAGAAGAAGGAAAAUGCCCAGGCUCGUAAACAACGCAUGAUCGACCUCGCCACGAACAACCUCGUGAAACUGGAGCAAAAGAACGAGGAACGUCUUCAAAAUCAGAGCAAGGAGGUGCGUAGCAAGGAAGAUAAAAUGCUUAAAGAGCGGGCAGAUCGUCGUGCAGCCGAGCAGGAAGCUAUUGCGCGUAGUCGGCGUCACCAACUCGACUGUAAACAGCGCGAGAAGGAGCGUGAGGCCCAGGAAGCGCUGGAAUGUGUCGUUCAGUGGGAACAAUUCGGUAGGCGUAUCGAAAUGCAAUCCAAGCAAGAGGAACAGGAACGUCGGCUGGAAGAUCUUCGACUUGCAAUUGGACAAAAGCAGCAGGCUGAUGCCAGACGUAAAAUUCUCAAGGACGAACGAGCCGCUCAGUUACAGGACGAUCAAGCUGCUCGUUCUGUCCUGGACCACGAGGAUGAUCGAUUCAGGGUCGUGGCCCAGCGAGCACUCGAAGAGGCUCGGGAGCGUGGCUUGACGAAUGUGUUUCCCAUUCAAAAAGCGAUGGUGGAGAAAAGGAUCGACUUGCUACAUGCAUCAGGUUUCCGCGUCUAG